UCCCAGAGCUGUGCGAGGAAAAACUGCAUCGACAAGCACGUAGGACUAUGAAGGCUGCUGUGCUUUGCGUAGUGGUUCUCUCCGUCCUUCAGAUCACCUUUGCCCAAGAGGAGGACUGUGGCCCGGGCGAGAUCUGGAAGACUGGCCAGAGCAGCAGCUGUGGUGAGAACAGGUGUGGCGAUCCAGAGGACGGAAUUAAGCCUUGCACCUUGGACUACGCCAGCCGAUGCUUCUGCGACGACGAUCUCUACCGAAGGGACAGCGACAGGAUGUGUGUGCCCAAGGAGGAAUGCUGAGUCAUGACGCUGUUCUAGGGCAACAGUGUUCAUCGUCGUCAGUAUGUCAGCUGCUGAAGAAUACGAAUAAUGAAUAGUAAAGAACUAAUUCAAAGGGGAUAUGUAUCCUUUCAGGACCGUCAAGUUGACUGAUUCAAUUGGUAUAUUAUAUGUCUAAAGCCUGAUUAGUGAUUACGCGGAACCCGAAAAAGAGCGACUCUCUGCCUCAUUCAGGAACAUGCGUUCAGCCGCGUCAUCAUGAUGUGCGGUGGCGUAUCUUUUAAACUCCCGCUUUUGUUUUGUUGUGGUGCACUCUGUUCGCUUGCGUAGCGUAUAACAAGAGAAAGAAAGGGUGAUAAGUAUGACAAAACUUCGAUAAAAUAGUGAGCCAAGCAGGUGUCAUCAAUGUGCACCGCAAUAAAUGCAUGUGCGCGAUAAACAUUUCUGAAGAUUA